AUGGAAUCUAUUCCUAUUAUGAUACAACACAAAGGAAAAUGGGUUGAUUCAAAUAAAUAUGAAAGUUUUGAAGUCAUUGGUGUAAUGAUACCUGAAGAUUCAACAUAUAUGAGUCUUCUACAUAUAAUAGCACAAGAAAUACAAGUUAACUUGGAAAAACAGAAUAUUGAAAUAAAGUAUCAAGUGAAGAUUCAUUAUCCACCACUCAAAAUCAUAGACAACUCAAGCUUCAGAUUUUACUUAGAAAUCAAAAAAAAGGAAUUGGAUUUCACUAUGUAUCCUCUAUGCAUAGUAGUUACAGAUGAUACCCUGCAGAUACAAAAUCUUCUUCCAGAAGCUACAAGAAGUACUUCAACAGGAAUUUCACAAUCAAAUAGAAUGUCAGAUACAGUGCAGAUACCAGAAAGAUACAGUGCAGAUACAUUUUAUGAAAUAGGGCAGUAUACAAAACUACUUGCAGUUGAUACAAUUGAAUCCACAGAUGAGGCAAAUGAGAUUGAGAAAGAAACAGAAAUAGUGUCAAAUCUACUGCAGGAAACAGAAUUGAAAGUUGGGCAAUCAUUCAAAGACAAGCAAAUUCUUCAAACAUACUUACAAGUUCAUUCAAUCAACAAUCACUACAAGCAAAAAAUAGUUAAAUCAUGUCCAAAGAACUUUUGGAUAAAAUGUAUCGAUGAUACAUGUGAAUGGUAUCUCAGGGCAUCAAGAAAUGGUAACACAAAACAGUUUAUCAUUCGUAAACAAAACAUGAACCACACAUGCCGAAAAGAAACCAGAUUCAGCAAUCAAAAUCAAGCCUCAUCGUCACACAUUGCGGGUACCAUCAAAGUGAAGUAUCUAAAUGUCAAAACAACCUACACACCAAUAGAUAUACAAAAUGAUAUGCAGACUUUACAUGGUGUACAUAUCAGCUAUAUGAUGGCUUGGAGAGCAAAGCAAAAGGCAUUUGAAAUGUUAAGAGGUAAGCCUUGUGAAUCUUACAAAUCAUUGCCUACUUUUAUAUAUAUGAUUGGAACUACAAAUCCGGGAUCUGCCAUAGACAUACAAUUGAGAGAAGACAAUUCAUUUUUGUAUGUUUUCAUUGCAUUAAAGGCUUCAAUCAUAGGAUGGCAGCAUUGCAAACCAAUAAUUGUUGUUGAUGGUACAUUCUUGAAGGCAACAUUUGGUGGCACACUUCUUGUUGCAACAACUCAAGAUGCAGCUGGAAAGCUAUUCCCUCUUGCAUUUUCUGUUGUAGAUUCAGAAAAUGAUGCCUCUUGGGAAUAUUUCAUCACUAGAUUGAGACAGGCAUUUGGAACAAGACAGGGUAUCUGCAUUGUAUCUGACAGACAUCUCAGCAUAGAAUCAGCAGUUAAGAAGAUUUUUCCUGAAGCUUUACAUGGCAUAUGCAUGUUUCACCUUCUUAAUAAUUUGAAGACAAAUUUCAAGAAAAAUGCAAAGAAGCUUAAAGAACCUUUUUUUGCAGCUGCCAAGGCAUAUACCGAGACUGAUUUUGAAUAUCAUAUGAAAGAGAUAGACGAGUUAGAUGUUCGAAUUAGACCAUAUCUUCAAAGCAUCAAAUAUGAAAGAUGGUCAAGGGUACAUGCUGUCAAGAAAAGGUACAAAACUAUGACAUCUAACUUAGCUGAGUCAUUAAAUGCAGCAAUAGUGCAUGCAAGGGAACUGCCAAUCACAGCAUUAUUAAUGCACCUACAUGACCUCCAACAAGAAUACUCAUACAAACAUAGAAAAAUUGCUACCGAUACAGUCACAACACUUGCAACAAACCAUGAAGAUUUACUUUUUCAAAAUUACAUCAAUGCUCUAAAACUGCAGGUGAAACCAUCUACAGAUGAUAUCAUAACAGUGUUGGAAAGAGGCCAAAAGUACACCGUCAAUAUGAAGGAGAGAACAUGCACAUGCAAGAAGUUUGAAAUCGAAGAAAUACCUUGUCAACAUGCGGUAGCAGUUCUAAACGAGAGGCGAAUUGAACCAUAUGAGUACUGUUCAAGGUACUAUACUAAAGCAGCUAUGUUGGCGACUUAUAGUGAGAUUGUGUAUCCAUUGGAGAAAGAAGAAGAAUGGAUUAUACCACAAAGAGUCAAGGACUUCAUUGUCUUACCACCACAGCAUAGAACAAGAACUGGAAGGGUUGAUACAUAUAUGAUACUGGGUUGA